AUGUACACCACCGAAUACAUUGGGAAGAAGCCUGAGAAGUUCGUCAGCCUUGACUGGAUCGACAUUGAUGACCUCAAGUCCUUCCUUGGCGCACAGGCUCAUCCGACGCCUGCUACUGUCAAUAUACCACUGCCUGCAUCUCCGCUUCCCAAUCCAUAUGGAGCUCCCAUGGUCGAGGAAGGCAGGGCGUCUGUCAUGGACAGAGAGAAUCUGAAUGCUCUGAGUGUUGACUUUCAAGUCAUCCGGUCACUGCUGCCUCCAUCUCCCACCUCCCAUGACGCAUCCUCGAUGGCCGUUGCUAGUGAUGAUGAGAUGACGGACUCGGAGCUCGACAACAAUGAUCCUGAAGCAGGAUGGGUCCCAUCCGACACCAAAUGGCUUGAUCGCAACCUGACCUCUGAUUCUUGGACCAACACACACAAAGUCAUGGCAAAGCUGACUGUCGAACGUAUAGAACGUCUAACGGGGAUCCCAUCGAUAUGGCCUGUGCCCGAGAAACUGACUGCAUUUCUCAUCGACCGAACGAAGCUGAUGGAGAGUGGGGAGGAGCUCAAGGAUGGGGACGGCAAUCUUCGCACCAUUGAUGCUCUCAUCAAAAACAAGGACCAGGAUUCUUGGGCCAGCAACACGGGCAAGGGAGACACAUCCCCCAUGGUUGUUUAUACUCCUGGCGGGAAGCCAAUUGAGAGCCGCCGUGCACGACUGGAUUGCAAAGUCCAAGGCGGUUUUGCCUGCAGGAAUGUGAAUCCGGUUCUGAUGGAGGGUGAACGCCGUGGCAUGAGCACUGAGUCUCGCGAUGCCAUCCGACGUGCUCAGGGACACGAUCGACAGAAUGCCGGAUCUUCCGCUGAAGCACUAGCUAUUGAGUCCCCUGGCCAUCCCGAUGCAACGUAUGCUGUGGUCUGCACUCAUGCUGGGACCAAGAAGGAUCACAUGUACUUCGCUCUUCCGAGCGAAAUUGACCCCAAAAUCUUUGCCCGUGUAUUUGCCCGAUGCACCGUGUCCGCUGAGGAUAUCCCUUCCUGCGCCACCAUUGUUUCACCAUCUACUGGCCGUAAGGGCAAGUGCAGGUACCCACAUAUAAUCGAUGGCCAAACCCAUGAAUACAAAAUCAAACAGUACAAAUGCAAGGCCAAACGAACGAUCUACCUUCCUAAAGAUCCCAGCAUCCGACUCGCUCUUGUUUACAACCAUGCAGAACAUGCUCACAGCCAUCCGAUGCCGGUGUUUCGAAAACUCGAUUACGAAACAAAGGCUGUCUUCAAGGGCUGCAUCAAGGCAUUUGGAGUUGUUGGUGCCACUGUGCCCAAGGUUGAUCUUGGCAAGUUGUUUUUCUCGGCUUCUACAAAACUCAAGCUGAACGGUCUGACCCCUGGCAAAUUCUCAACUGCACUCAACUCAAAUACAACAAAGCGCAAAAUCAUCCGCGAGACCAAACUGGAGGAAUUCCCAGAUGGAGUUGAUCUGAAAGGCGCGUCGCGUCUGUUCCAUGAUGACCAAUUGAAGAGCAUCAACGAAAAAUACUACCACCGACUCAUUCGUACAGUUCACGGAAAGUUCUUCAUGGUCGGCGCAUUCAAAGACCUCCUCGAAAUCGCCAAUGAUGCUGGUGUCAAGAGCGUGGCAUAG